AUGUCGGAUAUAGGAUCAUCUAUGUCUGACAAUGAGGACAAUAAACUGGGGGAGUAUGAAGGGGGCAGAAACGAAGCCGGAGAGAGGCACGGAUUUGGGAAAGCUGUUCUGCCCAAUGGAGACAUUUAUCAGGGAGAGUACGAAAACGGGAAAAGACACGGACAGGGGACAUAUCGCUUCAAGAAUGCUGCAAGAUACAUAGGACACUAUCACCAGAACAAGAAACAUGGACAGGGCACCUUCUACUAUCCAGAUGGGUCCAAAUAUGAAGGGUCCUGGGUCGAGGACUUGAGACAAGGCCACGGUGUCUACACCUACCCCAAUGGAGACACGUAUGAUGGCGAGUGGCUGCAUCAUUUGAGCAUUGAAUUAAUACAUCCAUGUGGACCAGGGAAGUAUGUGUUCGACAGUGGCUGUGAGCUGCAUGGAGAAUACCACCAAACAGAGCAGUCUUUGCAGGACCAACCUGAGGGUGAGCUGGCCUCUGCUCCUGUCAUCAAGUGGAUUCCCAAAUGCAUCACCAAUUUGACGCUGUGGACUCCUGGCAAAGAGACUUCAGCUGGAGAAAAGGAAACAGCUCCAGCAGAGGAGAGCUCCGAGAACUAAUGAUGUGAUCAGCACACAGUCCUGCAUCGUUCAACUUUUGUUUCAAGGGCAAGACAACAUGAAUAUAUCAAUAAAUAUGUAAACGCAGUC